UCUUGCUUUUUCUGGUGGCAGAGGGAGGGGUACCGUGCUGAGAGUGUUGUUGUGUUCUGUUGCUGCCAAGGUCGGUGAAAGUACUGCUCGGACCAACACUUCGGUUAUUACCUACUAAAAGUACAACCCAAGGAGACAUACCGCUGGCAGAAGGAUCUCGGCCUUUUCCUGACAGGCUUCUUGCAAUUCAGCAGCACAUUCACUGAUCUCAGCAGAGACAAAGAGAAAGCGGAUGAUAUAGACAGCAACCCGAGGUCCUCCACCAGAGAAGGUUUGCUGGAAUGGGUAACCUGCUAAAAGUCCUAACAAGGGAAAUAGAGAACUAUCCACACUUUUUCCUGGACUUUGAAAAUGCACAGCCGACAGAAGGAGAGCGUGAGGUGUGGAACCAGGUGAACUCAGUCCUCCAGGACUCUGAGAGCAUCCUGUCGGGCCUGCAGGCGUACAAAGGAGCCGGUCAAGAGAUCAGAGAUGCUAUUCAAAACCCCAGCGACCACACGCUGCAGGAGCGAGCCUGGAACUCCGUCUGCCCGCUUGUCAUCAAGCUCAAGAAGUUCUACAGUUUCUCUCUCAGACUAGAGGAGGCUCUGAAGAGUUUGUUGGAGUGCCUGACAUGUCCACCCCACACGCCCACUCAGCACCUGGAGAAGGAGCAGGCGCUGGCCAAACAGUUCGCCGAGAUCCUCCACUUCACUCUCCGCUUUGAUGAGCUCAAGAUGAGAAUUCCUGCCAUCCAGAACGACUUCAGCUACUACAGAAGAACCAUCAGUCGAAACCGGAUAAACAACAUGAAUUUGGAUAUUGAGAGUGAAGUCAACAACGAGAUGGCCAACAGGAUGUCUCUGUUCUACGCUGAGGCCACACCCAUGCUGAAGACGCUCAGCAACGCGACCACAAACUUUGUGACAGAGAACAAGACUCUUCCACUGGAGAACACGACGGACUGUCUCAGCACCAUGGCCAGCGUCUGUAAAGUCAUGCUGGAGACACCGGAAUAUUCGAGUCGUUUCAGCAGCGAGGACACGCUCUUGUUUUGCAUGAGGGUCAUGGUCGGGGUCAUCAUCCUUUACGACCACGUCCACCCGAACGGCGCCUUCAACAAGUCGUCCAAGAUAGACAUGAAAGGCUGCAUAAAAGUCCUGAAGGACCAGCCGGCAGACAACGUAGAAGGCCUGCUGAACGCCCUCAAAUUCACCACAAAACACCUGAAUGACGAGUCCACUCCGAAAAACAUCCGGACGAUGCUCCAGUAAUGUUUGUUCUUUUUUUUAAAAAAAAAAAUAUAAAUAGAUAUGAAGAGGAUCAAUGCUCUGACCUCAAAUAAGAUGUAUAUGUUUACAUUAUUUAAAAAGACGCGAUGUUAAUACUUGUGUGUAUUUACAGUCAUUCCCUCCAAGUUAUUGAAACCUGCAGAACAUGUACCUUCUACUUCGCAAAAAAAAAAAAAAAACCUCUACUGUUAUCAGCUGUCAAAGCACAAAUGUUGGAUACCUAUCAGCCUUAUAUAACAGUUUUCUGCAAGCAGCACUUGAAAAUCCACUCAAGGCAGCAUAAAAAUGUCUGUAAGCUCUUAACUAAUCUUUUUCAAUCUUUUAUUUGCCAAUGGAUUUAGUCAAAGAUUACAGGUUUUAGUCAAAUUCAACCAGAUUCUUGAAGCAAAAUUUUUUUUUUUUUUGUCUUUUUUUUGAAAAAUUUUAAAUCCUGACACAAAUUCAUUUAAAGAAAAACCCAAAAUAUUUAACACAAGUGAAGCGGUAUCAUGCUGUUUUAUCACUUAGUGCACAUAGAAUUGGAUUUUAUGACAAUACAAUAUCAAUCAAUGUCGUUGUUGGACGUUUCUGUUGCAGUGAAGGGCUACAUAUUGAAAGGGAUUGACUGGUUUGAUGUAUUGCUAAGAGUGUUUUUUUUUUUUUAUUAUUAUGGUCAGCUGUUUUUUUUUCUUCCUCAAUAUUCAUCCUGGUGUACAGUUCCUGAUCAAAUAAAUCCACUGUGAACAUAAAACUUACUUUGCACAUCCAGUUAAGAUCCUGUAUGUCAAAGUUGGCUUUAACGGAGAGGUAAAGAUGAUUGAAAAACGCCGUGAUCACGAAUCACAGCAGCAAAUCAACCCACCAAAUGUUUUAUUAGAUUGUUUUGUGGCCGUGCUCUGAAUGAUAGUUGUGUUGGAGGUUUUGACAUGUUUUAAGUGACUCCUCUUCUUAAUCUGUGUGGUUUUUGUAAUAAACAUUUCUCUUAAUGAAAGGCCAAAAAUAUCUUAAAAUUCUGAAUAAAUGAUAUGUGAUUCUUAA